GGAAAUGAGUUUGCGCGUAUUUGCUGGAAUCUGCUGCUCCGCCACUUUCCUCCCACGUCCUCAGACACCUGUGUUGUUAUCCACCUCUUUGCUCUUUUCUGAAAGUUGUUUCAUUUCUUCCUUCAAUUCGUCAAAUUUAUCCACUAGCAGGCAGCAGCUGCUUCCUUUCCUUGCCGGCUGUUCCCCGGCUUUUUGGUAGCUUCUCCCAGUAGUACAUCUCCAAUUCCAAUGCGUUGAUCUUCUCGCUGAGAUUUGCUAGCUCUGGAACUCCAUUUCUGAUCCAGAAGCUAAAAACCACAAGUAAACACAAAGAAAUAGAAACAAAGGAAGAUCAAAGGGGAGAUCUUUCGUCCAUUCAAAGAUGAUGGGGUGGAAUAUGCGUUCUUGGUCUUGUUGCAUCUUCUUCGCUUGCCUUUUUAGCUUGAUGGGUUUCUUUGUUACUUCUUCCUCUGCUUCCACUUUCCUUUCAGAUUCUGUCUUUGAAUCGCGUUCUGCUGCUGGAAGGAAUCUACUCCAAGCUAGAAAAGCAUGCCCUGUGAACUUUGAGUUCAUGAACUACACUGUUAUCACGAGCCAAUGCAAAGGACCGAGCUACCCUCCCAAGGAAUGUUGCUCGGCAUUCAAGGACUUCGCCUGCCCUUACAACGAUGUGUUGAAUGAUGUGACCAACGACUGUGCAUCGACCAUGUUCAGCUACAUCAACCUCUACGGCAAGUAUCCCCCUGGUCUUUUCGCCAGCGAGUGCAGGGAAGUCCCUUCAGCCUCACUACAUCAUCCUCCAGACCUUCUCUUGCUCCAAUUAUGCAACAACAUCCAUGAAGUGAGACAGGUGCAUGCCAAGUUCCUUGUUUCUGUUGGCAGACAAGUGCACUGCUGGGUGAUCAAGGCUGGAGGGGAACUUGGCAGUUAUGUUCAUAGCUCACUCACUCAUUUGUAUGCUACUUUGGGUCUCAUGGACGAUGCAGAGCACGUUUGCGGUGAGGUUUUGGAGGAGAAUGUGGAUGCUGUCAACGCGACUAUAUCAGGGUAUUGUAGGUGUGGACGAGUGGAUGAGGCUAGAACUAAGUUCGAGGGGAUGACAGACAGGAACGUCGCGUCCUGGAGUGCUAUGAUCACAAUUCACAGGGAGCUUUACCUCAGGGGAGAUAGAUGCACACCUACAUCGAAAGGGUGCAUGGUGGAUCUGUUGGGUCGAGCAGAGAGGCCAGCAGAGGCACAUGAGCUCAUUGCAUCAAUGCCCAAGGAGGCGAAUUCAGUGAUUUGGGGAGCAUUUCUCAGCAGUUGCAGGGUGCACAACGAUGUAAAAAGAGGAGCUGGGCCUUUCAACGGCUUAUGGAGGUCGAGCCAAUGCCAGGGGAUAGGUGGAAACUAG